UUUUAAAGCACACUGCGGGAACCUGGUGUUCCUGUUCUUCGCGAAGUAUAGUAAGUGCAUAACCUCUCUCAGAGGUGCCUUCGUCAUUCUGCCCGCAUUUCUCGUGCGGUUGUCGACUCGGAAAGUGUCUUCGGGAUAUACUCGGAAAAGGAACAAAUUCAAAUUUUUGGAUCGUAAACAGAAUAUACGAUCCAUUUUGCGAUGGCAAAACUUUUGGUACUUUUGGUCAUCGCUCUGGUCUGCGUUAUCGUUAACGGUCAAAAUCAAGCCCCUAAUCAGCAACCCGUAGUAGGACAGACUUUUGAUGAAAUUAUAGUCUCAUCCGAUUUGAAUGUUAGACGAAAGUCGAAGGAAAAUCGUCAAGGUAAAAAAUUACUAACCAACGUACCAUCGGGAACUACCGGACCACCUGGGAAAUCAACAGCAGUUGCAUCAAGGCUAGUUUCCAGCGACGGAAGUCACGUCACACUGGAAAAACGACAGCGUCGUGACGUCACAAAGCUGCGAGAAAGGUUCCUCAAUUUAGGUGUCGCUGGAUAUUUGCUGGAUUCUCGGAAAUAAUGAAAAUUUUUUUUACAAUCACGGACAACCGCACGGUCUUCACUCCCUCAUCUGUGAUCACACAUUUCGACUGAACUUUGGAUUUCGGCUCAUGUAACAAAAAGUAUCAAUAAAUUUUUCUGUGUCAUAACA